GCUAACUCCAAUUAACUGGUACAUUCACACCAAACGGAAUGGGCGGUGACGUCAUCAUCAAUGGCCGGUGUUGUUCUUGAUAUGUGCAGAGCCUCUACUUCGAUUUCUUCGUCUUAAUCCCUAGCCACAUUGAAAGACUACAAAUGGCUGACUACUGGAAGUCACAACCGAGGAAAUUUUGCCAAUAUUGCAAGUGUUGGAUCGCGGACAAUAAGCCAAGCAUAGAAUUCCACGAAAGAGGGAAGAAUCACAAAGAAAAUGUGGCAUCCAAAAUUACCGAGAUUAAAAAGAAGAGUGUCCAAAAAGCCAAACAAGAUGAGCGUAUGUCUAAACAGUUUGCGGCAAUGGAGGAGGCUGCGUUGAAGGCGUAUGAGGAAGACUUGAAGAGGAUGGAAAUUGAAUCUGCAUCUGGGUCCUGUGUGCAACCUGCAAUAAAACUUAAACCACCACCUAUAGUAGUGUGUGAGCCACCGCCACAUGCCAGAAUACCCCAAAAGAAGAAAGAGAAACCAAGAAAACCAAAGGUAACACAGAUGUGGGUGGAAGGGUGGACAGGCGACGGACACAUAUACUAUUACAACACAAUCACUGGAGAGUCUCAGUGGGACCAACCCGAAGGCUUCCAGCGUAUCUCAGAAUGUGUGCAACCCAGACAGAACAAGGCUUCAAGCGGUGUUUGGAUGGAAGGUGUCAGUCCUGAAGGAUAUCCAUAUUGGUACAACACAGAAACAGGAGAGUCCAGAUGGGAAAAGCCAGUAGACUUACCUUCCAGUAAGGCCACUGAAUCCAACUCCAACAAGGAGGAAAAACCUCAGGAGGAGCCGACUGGAGGAGAUGAGGCUUCUGAUGGGGCUCAGUUGUCCAGGGUAAGAACAAUUCAAAGAGAAUUUAUUUCCCCCACUGUCGUACUUACACAUGCUGACUUGCCAUUCCAGAAAAGGAAAGCUGAGGGUGAACCUUCAGAAGAAAAGGCCGAAGAUAAAACAAGCAGUGAAAUCCCUCAAGAGGAUGUUAAAGAGGAGAUCCAAAGCACAAACACCGAACCUGAAGAGAAAAAACAAGAAGAUACGGAAAAAGCCAAGAGACCAAAAGCAGUCAAUCCAUACGGGGCUUGGGAACAGAUUCAAGAAGAGAAGGACCCAUACGCCAAUGUGGACUUACAGUUGCCGCUGGGAAAGGGAGAGGCAGAGCCUGCACCGAUAGAGUUGCAUCCGGAGCCGAAACCCAAGUUCACGGAGCGCAUCAUCACUUCGCUUGGCGUGGAAAGCGGACCGGCCGCGUUCAAAAAAAGCAAGACGCAGAACGGAAAAUCCAGAAGCUUCCGACAGAGAGAUGACAAUGACUAACUGAUUUGUUUUUCUUUUUUAAGCACACAAUGUGACAGUAAGGCUUAUUGGACCAAUUAUGUUCCUUUCUGCUGAGCAAAUGCAAAGUCAUAUUCUCCUAACCUGCAGAGAUCUUUUCAAGGCUCCUCUGUUCUAUGUAUAUGUUUAUUAAUGAGAUCGUGAUGAUGAAAUUAGUCUUGGAUAAUGUUUGACAUGAGCCAUAAUUGCGGUCCUGUAAAAUGAUUUGCAGUGGAAGUUAUUAUUGAUUUGCAAGAUACACGCAGUUCAAAUUGAACAAGUACAAGAAUUUAGAAAUCCAAUCACAGCCUGAUGCCAUCACGCGUGCAAUUAGUGUGGGAAGCGCCUUGCACGCCUUCAUUUGUUUUGUAACACACACCAGCUGCAACGCUUUGGUCAUUUACAAAAUGCUUUUCCAAAUCAGAGUUGUUACCAAGAAAAACUUCAGGGAAACAUGUGCAUUUCAUGUUUUAGCAUUUUAUAUUUGUAACAAUAAAUUACCAGCAUCACAGAGACUGCUGAAGCUGCCAUACAUUUCAAAAUAAGACAUAUUUACACUAAAUUUACUGCUGCGAUUUAGCAAUAAUUUGGAUAAUUUAAUAAUUAUAUUUACAGUGGUGUGAAAAAGUGUUUGUCACACUUAAAUGUUUCAAAUCAAUUUAAAUAUUAGUCAAUCACAACACAACUGAACACAAAAUGCAGUUUUUAAAUGGAACUUUUUGGUCCUAGGGGAGAAAAAAAUCUAAACCUGCAGUGCAUGGAUGGCCCAGUGUGAGAAAGUGAUUUUGGUUGGUCGGUUUCCCUAAGAGGUUACAAAAGAACCCACAACAACAUCGAAAUAACUGUGGGCCUCCCUCGCCUCAGUUAAGGUCUUUGUCCAUGGCAUGGCAGACUGUAUUUUGCAAUAAAAAGAACAACACAGCAGUUUUGUGAAAACCACUGCUAAACAAAAACAACAUUAAGGCUUGUCUCAAUUUUGCCAGAAAACAUCUUAAUGAUCGCCAAGGUCUUUGAGAAAAUACUCAUAUGAGGCAAAAGUUUAACUUUUUGGAAGAUGUGUGUCCCAUUACAUCUGAUGUAAAAGCUGUAAUGUGCAAAUUCCUCCACAGCGCUGUAAGAGACUGAGUGCAAGUUAUCACAAACUCUUGAUUGCAGUUGUUGCUGCUAAGGGUGGUCAACCAUUUAUUAGCUUUAGGGGGCAAUCACUUUUUCACACAGGGCCAUGUGGCUUUGUAUUUGUUUCCCUCCUUUCACAAUAAAACACUACAUUUAAAAUGUGCAUUUUGUGGUCAGUUGUGUUGUCAUUGACUAAUGUUUGAAGUUGUUUGAUGAUCUGAAAUAUUUAAGUCUGACAAAUAAAAAUAAACACUUUUUCACACCACUUGUGAAAGAGAAUGGGUGUCAAUCUGCAGACCUGGACAGGCUGUUUCCACCAUUCUCCACCAGGUCCAGCACAGUCUCCAUAUCUGCAUGUUCAAGUACAUCCAUAAUGAGCUCAUCCAGCGCAUCCCCUCCUCGCAUGAAGUCCUAGAAACAUGGGUAGAAACAUACUAAAUGUGACACGUGUCCCACUUUGGAGAAUAAUGAGGAUCUGACCUUAAUAUCUCUGCUAACAAAGCCUGUCCGGUGGUCUGUGAUGCGAUCCUGGCUGAAGUUGUAGGUGCGAAUCCUCUCUGACUGGGAGCGCGUGCCCACCUGGUGUUAGAGAUGUGGAGUCAAGCAACACAAUCUCCCUAAGAAACAUGACAUUUAUCCAUCUACCUGCUUCUUUCGCGCUGAAUGCCUCUGCUCAGUCUCUUUACCCAUCAUGCUCUGGUAGAGGCGGGCCUUCAGCAUGCGCAUGGCGGUUUCUCUGUUUUGCAGUUGAGAGCGGGUCUGUUGACAUUCUGCUGUCAUACCUGAGAGGGAAAUACCGGCGUUAAAAUAUCGGCGAGUAAGAACGACAAGCAGCUUGGGAGAUACUUGAAUGUCUGACCCGAGGGAAUGUGAACAAUGCGCACCGCACUAUCCGUCGUGUUGACACUUUGGCCCCCCGCACCUCGAGAUCGAAAGGUGUCAACACGCAGGUCCUUGGGAUCGAUGCUGACAUCCACCUAGAGAGCACACAAGUUUUAUCUGUCAAUUGGGCUGUGUGACACCACCCCACCCCAAAAAGUAGUCACAUUAUUUUAUUUUAAUUUAAUUCCUGAACACAAUAAGGUAUUUUUUUUUAAAUGCAGCCCUCAGUGGGAAAAGUUUGGAGACCCCCGAUGUAAAGGAUGUUAAAGCUGAUACAAAAGGAGGGUACCUCGACAGGCUGAGGCAGGAUGAUUACAGUCAUGGUUCCAGUGUGGAUGCGCUGCAUCCUGGACGAGAGACCCACUUCGGGGAUCCUCUGCACCCGGUGUGUUCCCCCUUCAUGUUUCAGGUGUCUGUACACGUUCUCCCCGGAUAUCAGCACAGCCGCAUGAUGCAAGCCACCUUAGAAGCGCACAAAACCAAGUUGAAAACUUCCAUGUAUCUUAACAAGUAAAUGCCUUAUACAUAAAACAUACCAUACUCAGCAGGUGUGUAGUUCAAUGUCUCAAAAUCCCAGUUC